AUGGCCCGCAGCCUUGGUCGGCCUUCCUCCUACCAUGCGCUCCGAGGAUCAUCGGCCUUGGUCGCUCACGCGUGCGCGCCGCGCCGCGCGGCCCGAGCUGUCGCCGCCGCAUGCCCGCAGCCUGCCUGCGGCCCCAGCAGGCGGCCCCCCGCCGGGUGGUCUGAGAAACAUGGCAGCGCCGCGCCGGGCGCUCUCGGUCGGCCUGCUGUCCCUGGUGCCGGUGGCCGACGCGGCGAGGAGGUCACGCGAGCCGCAUCUCUUGCCGAGACUGGGACGCUGAGGUCGGACCAGGAGUACAACAAGAGCUCUGAGUCCGCGGAAUUGCUCGAGAGCGUCAAGAGGACUGCUGGCAUUUGGUGGGAAUCUGUGGAGCCGGGUCUGAUCAGCAACGAGUGGACGCAGCAGUUCGAGGUGGAGGAGGAUUUCAAUUGGCUCUUCGGGAAGAAGUACAAGUUCGAGCUGGAACAGUAUGAAGGAGAGAGUUCGGGUUGGUUCAAAGGCAAGAGCGAAAUCGACAUCGACAAAAAGUUGCCCAUGCGUAUCGAACCACACACUUUGACCAUGUACGGAAGGAUGUCUGUUUCAAUUGGGAAUAAAGAGUUCGACAUGUACAAGCCCCACGCCUCGGGGACGAACAUGUUUGGAUUCUAUUCGUGGCGAGUUGUGCGGAAGGGCGACGACGACAAUAUUUUGUUCACGAUUCAGAAGUCUCACAAGGGUCUUCUCGGUUGGGGCAAGGCGUCUUGGAGGAUCUUCCAGGGUCGCAAACGCGAUGACAAGGUCAUUUACUACGGUGUGGGUGACGCUGAUGACCUGGACGAGCCUGAGUUUAAGUUCUACCGCAGCAAGAGUGACUACCAGGAGAAUAAGAAGAAGUGGCUUGCCAAGAUUGAGCACAAGGACGAAGACAAGACCUGGAGUGGAAACAGGGAGGACGAGUACAAGGUCAAGGUGAGGCCUGGCGAGGACGCGGCGAUCAUCCUCCUGGCAGUGGCCUGCCUUGACAGCGUGGCAGACGCCAAGCAGGUGGACGAUCCUCACGAUCACCAUGACUGA